AUGGAACGCAAUGAAAUCGAGGCCGCCUUCUUUUCUCGUCAGCCCUUUGUCCGCCACGUACUUCACGAGCUUUGGACCGCCUUGCACAACGAUCCAAACAUAGAUUCGGUGCACAUCAACUCUCUCAACUCCAGGCUGCGGAAAUCCUUUCAAGAGAGACCUUUCCCGUUAUCAGAGUCGUUACAAGCACUGAAAGAAGUCGGUCUGACUCGACGAUUGACAAAUCUGCCCAAGCGCUCACAACAUGGACGCUGGUCUUUAACGCCCUGGGCCGUUGAUAGCAUUGAGAGCGAGCUCUGCAAGCUAAGAGCGCAGCAUACGACAACUCCAGCAGAAGCGAUUCUUGACCAGCUUGCAUGCGCAAAUUUGAUCAACCGAACGGACAUUCCAGUCUCAUUGUCAAUGAAGAGGCCAAACGAGUCCAUGAGUGUUAAAGGUGGUCCGAGUCGCAAGUCAAGACACAACUCUCCAGCUGAUCCCUCGAUUGUGACCAGAAGCCGCAACACUCGCCGAACACCCGGAACUGCAAGAAGACAAUCCCAAGGCAGACGAUCUCCACCGGAAGCGGGAGGCUCGCUUCAACCCAGAGCAGACACAUGGUCGUACUUGUCAUCGGAACUCAUCAGUCCUCACACUGUCGAUGGUUCUAGUCCGGUUCAUCGUGCGGAGCGGAAGACACAGGGUCAGAUUGCGACUCUGCAAAUCGCGAACGAAGCUCUGUCGGAACAAUUGAAACAGAAGGACAUCCUGAUCGAAGAUCUGGAAGCGAAAUUACUCGAGUCAAUCGGCAGGAAUGAAGCGGAACGACAAGAUAACCAGAGUCAGAUGCAGAGCACACACUCUACAUCUUAUCACCAGCCUGUCAGGAACUCUGAGGAACCUGUCAUAUACGAAAUCACGCGACGGCAGCUCGAGCGCUACCGCGCACAAAACUUUGCUCUUACAGCCAGAGUCGACGAGUUGGUACAGCAUGUCCAAGAAUCAGAUGCGGCAAAAAUAGUUUUGGAAGGGAAUGCAUCACGUCUAGCUCAAGAGUAUUCAAACUUAAAGGCUCAAGCCGAGAUGUUAAGUGGCCAGCUGCAAAGAUCUGAGAGCAUAAACGCCAUAUGGAAAACACGUACUGAAGCGCAAAAACAAAAAGCUGUCGAGAUUAUCUCAUCAAUUGGAGAGUCAGAGGAGGAAGAUCCAUAA